AUGACUAAGGAGCAGAAGAUAGCAGAGGUCAAACGGCUCAAGGCUUUAAAGGCUGCUCGGGAUGCUGCUAGGGCUAACGGUAGCGGUAGUGGUGGCGGGUCUGGGAGGGAUGGUAAUGGAUCUGGGUCUGCAGCAUCGAACCCAAACUCCCCUAUCACAGCCGAAGCGCCAAAGAGGCCUGCAAAGGGUUCUUAUGCGGAAAUCAUGGAGAGGGCGAAGCAAAUCCAGGCUACAAGCUCGGUGCCUGCCAAGAUAGUUCACAAAGAAACCAAAGUGGAGAAGAAGAAGAUUGGGAAAUCCGAUAAGCCUGAGGCGACCAAGAAGCUACCGGCUAUCUCUACGAAGACACAGGGUAGCAAACCCACCGCCACUUCCUCUGGUGUAUCUAAACCGUCGCCGGUUAAGAAGCCGGUCGGUCGUCCAGUAGGACGCCCGACAGGUUCACGUCCUGAUGAUAGAAAAUCGGCACCAGCGAAACCUGCCCCAUCAAAACCAAGGGUUCAAGUGGAGUGGAACGGAACUGCCCGGCCUUCCGCGACUGCGAAACCUUCCUCCAGCAAGCCAGAACCCAAGGCUUAUGAGCGAGACAGGGAUCGCGAACGCGAAAGAUAUCGCCCAGCAUCUAAAAGGUUUGUAAUUAUAAUCCUACAACUCCUGUACAAUCCUUUUGAAACAUUGCUAACCUCCAACCUUUCAGAUAUGUCUAUGCCGACUCUGAUGAAGACGACGGUUAUUCGUCUGAUGAUAUGGAAGCAACCGGUGUCGACAUUCUCGAAGAAGAAGACAGGUCCCGUGCGGCUGCAAUCCGAGAGGAUAUUGAGGCCGAGAAGCUCGAAAAGAAACUCGCUGCUGAGAAGGCAGCCAAAAGGAAAAUGCUCACCCGGCGCUAAAAAAAAACAUCUCUCUUUUUUUAUUAUCAUCCGAUCUCUUUUUUCCUUAUAUAUUUUUUCCCUAUUGGGGAUUUUAUUCAGCAGCAUCGCCAUUGGAGUUUUGAUUGGAGCCUUGAACAAUUUCUUCUUCUUCUUAAAAUUCCUCUUCUUCAUCAAGUUUCUUAUUACUUCGAGGGUAUCGACCUCAUUGGGAUAA